AUAACAAAUUAGCAACAAAUAGAAAAUUAAGAUCACAUUAAUAAAAAAAAAAAAAAAGUAUUUGCACAAUUAAAUAUGAAUUUUCCAUUUUGUUGUUGUUCAUCCCAAAUCGAAUCGCAUCGAGGAGUGAGAGUGGAAAAUGGCGGUUGUUUCAGUAGUGUUGUUCAGAGGCGUAGGGCAUGGUCGAUUGCCUUUUUUUCCACAUCCUCAGUUGCCUGCUACAAGUAUAUCAAGCAGGCCAAGGAAGCUUAACUAUCACUCUAAUGGGUUGACUAUUUUUGCUCGAUAUUCUCAGUCACAAGAUCUUUUUACUUCUCGGCUCCAAGACAAUAUGGCAAACUUGCCCAAACUUGUGGAGGAUAUUGUACAGACAUCAAUUAACACAGGUCCUCGUGGAGCCCUAAGGCUAGCUCAAGGUAUUCAAGCAGUUAUUGGGGUAGGUAGUGAGUGGCUGGCAGAUGUAUCAAAGUCAGCAAAUUCAUCCACUGGAUUAACAACUCAGAUGCAGCUUGGGUUAUUAUCCCCUGUUUACCUCAGGAAAUUGUUUGAACGCAUGGGCGCCACCUAUAUCAAAUUAGGUCAGUUCAUAGCAUCAGCACCCACAUUAUUUCCACCGGAAUAUGUCCAGGAAUUUCAGUAUUGUUUUGACAGAACUCCAGCAGUUCCCUUUGAAGAGAUCAAAAAAAUCAUGCUUGAGGAGUUAGGGAGACCACUAGAUAGUAUCUACGAGUAUGUUGAUCCCACACCUAUUGCCUCAGCCUCAAUAGCACAGGUUCAUGGUGCAAGGCUCAGAGGCUCCCAAGAGGAUGUAGUGAUCAAGGUUUUGAAACCCGGAAUAGAAGAUAUAUUAAUGGCAGAUCUGAACUUUGUCUAUGUUGUUGCUCGCAUUUUGGAGUUCUUGAAUCCUGAGUUGAACCGUACAUCCUUGGUUGGCAUUGUCCAAGACAUAAGGGAAUCAAUGCUUGAAGAAGUUGACUUCAAUAAGGAGGCUGUUAAUAUUGAGUCCUUUAGGAGAUAUUUGGAAGCCAUGGGACUUACAAGGCAGGCUACAGCGCCGAAAGUAUAUCAGCAGUGCAGCACCCGACGAGUUUUGACAAUGCAAAGGCUUUAUGGAGUUCCUCUUACUGACUUGGACUCCAUAAGCUCACUUGUUUCAAGUCCAGAGGCCACUCUUAUAACUGCCCUAAACGUAUGGUUUGGUAGUUUGCUUGCCUGUGAAACCUUCCAUGCAGAUGUUCAUGCAGGCAAUUUGUGGUUGUUACGUGACGGUCGUAUUGGGUUUCUUGACUUUGGAAUUGUUGGGCGUAUAUCCCCCAAAACAUGGGCUGCUAUGGAAAUAUUUUUGGCUUCAAUUUCAACUGAAGAAUAUGAGUCAAUGGCAUCUGCGUUGACUGAAAUGGGUGCUACAAACAAGGAUGUUGAUACUAAGGCCUUUGCAAGAGAUCUGGAAAAAAUAUUUUCAUCAAUACAGGAUUUGGAUACAGAAAUCAUUGUUGCAACAGCCAGGGGAACAAAUACCAAUGCCACUGCUGCAUCUGCUAAUGUCGUUGUUGAUGAGAGGCAGAUGAAUGCACUAUUUCUUGACGUGGUUCGUGUUAGUGAAUCAUAUGGCCUGAGAUUUCCUCGAGAGUUUGCACUUCUCAUGAAACAGCUUCUCUAUUUUGAUCGGUAUACCCGGUUGUUAGCUCCCAAUUUGAACAUGCUCCAGGACCAGAGGAUCACCAUUGUGUCAAAUCGAAGCAGCAGCAAAAGGAACAUUUACCAAUGAGGCGAUCUCUAUCAUGUAUGGCAAUGAUGUAAUUUUCUGCUGGUAUGUACUCUAGCUUUGUUUUUGUUCUACUACAACUUUUGUAAAUAUUGCCAAAAAGAAUCACCCCGAAGUAAUUUUACAUACAAUUCUACAGAAAAUCAGACUUCUUUUGUUGCUGUUGGUAUAGCAUACAUGAGAAAAAUCAGUGGUUGAUAAAUUUGUCAUCAAACCUGUAAAUAACUAGUUAGCUCUAUGAUAUUACAUUUGCAGCA